CGAAUCUCCGAGGCCCGCGAUGGAGUCCGUCCCGUCCUUUGUCCAUUUUCUGGGUGAUGCUCAUCUGAAUAGCUGGAAAUGACAACCAGAAUACCUUGACUGCACUGGUGGCCAAUUCGAUGAUCAUUGCGGGGCUCGAGGUCGACACUCUGAACUACACCAUCUAUCAAUGGGAUGCCCAAUGGUGGUCUCUGAGCUUCACGCUCAAGAACGGGACCAAAUUGGGAAUCCCCACCACCGGAUACUGGCCGUACUCGGGAAACAGCGGACUGAGGGGCAUCACCGCACCCGUCAUGGACGCCGGGACCUUUGGAAUGUUCCCAAACAUGGAUGCCGACCCGAGCACACUCAACUUGACGAGGUUUCCCCCGAGCGGCGCGAUCAUCUUCUUUGACAACCCGAGCCCGACGCACAAUUAUUCGGAACCUGGCUAUCAGUUGCUCGGGACAUCACGGGAUAUUGGGGCCGCUGCGAUUCCAGAGCUAGGAAACCUGACUAACCCCCAUUGGCAAUCGGCGAAGACACUCAACUGGACUGCCCUCCGCGAGAUGGGUGUCGUCGGGGCGAUCUCGUCCUGGGUCCACACGUCAGACGAGGAUGCGGCUUUGCAGUUCCUUCCGGACGACGGUGCGCCCGGAGCUACGGAGCUUUUUGACGUGCCGGCGCUCUACGUCGGAAAUUCCACGGGCGAGAUGAUUCGCGGCUUGCUCCGGGACGAUCAAGUCCUCACCGCAGAUCUCGUGCUCUAUGCGCCGAGUACCUUCUCCCCAACUCAGACGGUGAUCGGCCAUCUCAACGGCACCGCGAACACGAAUGCAACAAUCAUUCUCUACACGCACAGCGACGGACCGUCGAUCAUCGAAGAAAACGGACCGAUCCUGUUGUUGACCAUGGCCGAGUAUUUCGCCACAUUGAAGCCGCAAUUGAAUCUGAAUCUUGACUUCGUGGUCACGACUGGACACAUGUCCGGGCAUCACCUCAACGAAUCGCUCUGGAUGGCAGAACGGCCCGAUCUUCUCGCCAACGCGGUCUAUGCUGUGUCUUGCGAGCAUUUCGGCGCCUUGGAGUGGAAGGAUCAGAUGGUGGACGGAGAACCCGUCUAUCAAGCGACAGGAAAUUUGGAGCCCAUGUGGACGAUGGCGAAUGCCUCCCAUGCGAGUGACUUUUUACACCAAUCGUACCUCGACGCGUUCGAUGGCACACCGGAUUCUUUGCGCAUGGCGAUGGUUUCUCCCGGCCGACUGAACGGAAGCAGAUCGAUGUGGUACGGCGUCGGAGGGAGUGGGACGCUGGGGCGUUCGAACAUCCCGACCAUAGGGAUCAUUCCUCAGCCCGACUACUUGUGGGCGGCAAUGGUGGAUGGAGGUUGGAGCAAGUUGGAUAUCCCGACAGUCGUGGCCCAAAUCAAUGUGAUCAUUGAGCUCAUACAGACGUUAGACAGCAAUUGGGCCCAGGAUCACCCGGAAAGUAUCUAGUCUUCACGAGAAAGUACAUAGAGGAUAGAGCGCACAGGAAGAUCGAAAAGGACAAAAUACAAUUCAAUGAUCCGAA